UUAUUUACUUGUAACCGUUUUCCCGCGCGUCAUUCAUUGUCAUAUAUCGCGUGUACAACGUUGAUUUAGUUUGUUUUUACGAAAAUAACGGAAUUGAAUUUUUUAAAUACUUUUACAUAAUUCAAAAAUUGGUGGAAAGUGGUUUUAACGGUGUUAAAGAAAUAUACAAAUAGUGCUUUGUGAUCAAGAUAACAAGAACAAUGACUUCGUUUAAUUUUAGCGAAAUCGGAGAACAACUUCAGCAAGCUAGCCAGAAAAGUAAGAGCACCGGUAUUUCUUUCGCUGGAAAGUCACUAAAACUCAAUUCGGAAGAAGAUGCAAAGGAAGUGGUUGAAGCGAUAAAGAAAUGCGAGCGACUCGAGUAUUUAGACCUGGAGGGAAACACCUUGGGCCCCGAAGCUGCAAAAGGUGUCGCCAAAGCUUUGGAGGAGCAUGGUGCAAAUUUAAAACGAGCUCUCUGGAAGGACAUGUUUACAGGCCGUAUGAAAGACGAAAUUCCGUUGGCCUUAGAAUACCUCGGUAAAGGUCUAUGUACAGCGGGUACACAACUCGUCGAACUCGAUCUCAGUGACAACGCAUUUGGUCCCAUCGGUAUUAAAGGCUUGGCAGCUCUUCUAAGUUCCAGUUCCUGUUAUACAUUACAGGAACUCAGACUUAACAACAACGGUCUCGGAAUAUCCGGAGGCAAAAUGCUGGCUCAAGCUUUGCUCGAUUGUCAUGUGAAGAGCAUUCAAGCAGGAAAUCCACUCGCCUUGAAAGUUUUCAUCGCUGGACGAAAUCGUCUUGAGAACGAAGGUGCGGCAGCCUUAGCUUCAGUCUUUAAACAACUGAAGAGUCUCGAAGAAGUUGUAAUGCCUCAAAACGGAAUAUACCAUGUCGGCAUAGCAGCUUUGGCGAACGGACUUUCGGCGAAUCCAGGGCUAAGAAUUUUAAAUCUAAACGACAACACAGUCGGUCCAAAAGGUGCUCUGGCUCUCGCUCAAGUUUUACCAAAUUUCACGUGCCUCGAACGCCUCAACCUCGGAGAUUGUCUGUUGAAAACGAAGGGAGCCAUUGUCCUCACAGAAGCUCUUGCACUUGAAGGAAGUCAUCUCGCACUCACGGAAUUGAAUUUGAGCUUCAACGAGAUUCGAACCGAGGGAGUAGAGCCCAUCGCCCAAGCGAUGGCUAACAAAACGCAGUUGACGAGUUUACAACUCGAUGGAAAUUUCUUUGGAAGUGAUGGUCGAGAUUCUCUCAAGGAAAAUCUUUCCAAAUCUGACAGAAUUGAGUCUCUAGGUACUUUAGAAGAAGAUGCAACUGAUGAUGAAAGCGAGGAAGAAGAUGUGGAGACUGAAGAAGAACAGAGCGAUGAAAAUAAUGAGAACGAGGCGGAGGACAGCGAGACUGAAUGUAACCAAAAACCGGCAAAUUUAGAGGUGAAGAAAUCAAUUACUGUUAAAGAAUUCUUGAAGACACCGACUGGAGAGAAUCUUCUCAUUUUGAAACAGCAGGGAAACAAGGCGCAAGAUUUUAUCGAUUAUGCAAAGAGUUUAGCAGAAGAUAAAGAACGAGAUACCAAUUUUCCGGAAGAGUUCACACGAAUAAUCAUGAAGGUGUCUUCGCUUUGCGGAAGCGGUUACAUGGAUGUCAGAAUCCAUGCGGAAAGUUUAACCGAAGAUUUGUACUCGGAGUUAUUUUCACAAGCUGUAAAAACGAAUCAAAUUUCUGUUUUGAAUAACUCGUUGCUGGUUAACUUGGGCUUGUUAAAAGGCGAGGACAAAAGUUCAGGAAGAAUAGACUGGAAUUUAGAAGGCUGCUUCCAUGCCUUGGAGAAAGUUAGCCAAAAAAGCUACUUCCCAUCCCAGACGAAGGACACCCUAAGGUGUUUUAUCGAGAAGCCAAUGAAAAUAACCAGAGCUCGAGUGGUUGAUCCACUUCAGGACGCGAAGGCUUCCCUGAAAGCUGCUCUGGAUCGGAUACAAGCUACAUAAUUGGGCAAAGUAUACAAAUGUCCGUCGUACACGUCAUUAUUGGAUGUAUCUAUUUAUUUGUAACAAAUUUUUGCAAAACUUAAUGUAUGUAACGACCGCAUACAUAUAUUCAAAUAAAUACCGUGGCUUAUCGAAUGUAAUGAUUGUUUCCACUACAAGAAGAAAAUUAAGACUACUUUUGAUAUUAAAUAUUCACUUGUAUACAGAAUAAUUUCACUCUCUUUAUAUCACUAAAAUAUACCCCGAAGGCUAGUCGUAAAUUUCACUCAAUGAUUUCACACAGUGCAUGAGGUGAAAACAUUGCUAGACUAUUAUUAAAUGCUGUGUUUGCUUCUCGAGAAUUUCUUGUAGUUACACGAAUUUCUCAAAGGCAAAUCACCACGAAUGCUUUGCGAAUAUUGUUUACUGUAGUACAAAGAAAAAUACUAUCACUGUUUCAAUCC